CUGCUCUUGCCCCCAACAUCUGCCUUCUUUCCCAACAUCUGGAGCCUCCUGGCUGCCCCUGGCUCUGUCACUCACCAAGACCUGACGGAGGAGGCUGCUCUCAACAUCACCCUCCAGCUCUUUCUGGAGCAGCCACCCCCAGGCCGUCCACACCUUCGUCUGGAGGACUACAGGGGCCGGACCCUCCUCGCCGAUGACAUCUUUGCUGCCUACUUCGGACCUGGGUCCCCGUCCCGGAGGUUCAGAGCAGCUUUGGGAGAGCUGUCCCGUGCCAACGCGGCCCAAGACUUCCUCCCAGCCUCCAGGAGCAACCCUGACCUGCACUUCGAUGCUGAGAGGCUGGUCCAGGGGCGCACUCAUCUGGUGGGGGCUCUGCGGGAGGCCCUGGUGGCUGCCAGGGCCCUGGAGCACACUUUAGCUCGCCAGCGCCUCGGGGCGGCUCUUCAUGCCCUGCAGGAUUUCUAUAGCCACAGCAACUGGGUGGAGCUGGGGGAGCGGCAGCCACACCCUCACCUCCUCUGGCCAAGGCCGGAGCUCUGGAGCCUGGCACAAGUGGCUGAUCCUACCUGCUCUGACUGUGAGGGGCUCAGCUGCCCCGGGAAUAUGCUGGAUUCCACGCUGCUCACCUCUGGCUACUUCGGAAGGCAUCCCCCGAAACCUCCAGGGAAGUGUAGCCACGGGGGCCAUUUUGACCAGAGCAGCUCCCAGCCACCCCGAGGGGGCAUCAACAAGGACAGCACGUCCCCCGGCUUCUCCCCACACCACGAGCUGCACCUCCAGGCCGGGGAGGUGGCUCUCCUGGCCUCCAUCGAGGCCUUCAGCCUCCUGCGCCGCCGCCUGGGAGACAAGGGUUUCUCCAGGCUGCUGGACAUCACCCCAGCUUCCAGCCUGAGCUUUGUCCUGGACACCACGGGCAGCAUGGGGGAGGAAAUCAACGCGGCCAAGAUCCAGGCUCGGCACAUCAUGGAGCAGCGGCGAGGCAGCGCCCUGGAGCCCAGUUCCUACGUCCUGGUGCCCUUCCACGACCCAGGGUUCGGCCCUGUCUUUACAACCAGCGACCCUGACAGCUUCUGGCAGAAACUCAGCGAGAUCCAUGCCCUGGGCGGAGGAGAUGAGCCGGAGAUGUGCCUGUCUGCCCUGGAGCUAGCCCUGCUGCACACGCCCCCGCUCUCAGACAUCUUUGUCUUCACUGACGCCUCCCCCAAAGAUGCCUUCCUCACCAACCGCGUGGAGUCCCUGAGCCGGGAGAGGCGCUGCAGGGUGACAUUUCUAGUGACUGAAGACCCGUCGAGGGCUCAGGGUCGCGUGCGGCGGGAGGUCUUGUCUCCUCUGCGUUUUGCACCGUAUGAGGCGAUCGCCCUGGCGUCGGGAGGAGAGGUGAUCUUCACCAAGGACCAGCACAUUCAGGAUGUGGCGGCUGUUGUCGGGGACAGCGUGGCUGGUCUGGUGACUCUUCCCCUGGAGCCGCCCGUCUUCAGCCCUGGGGAGACGUGCGCCUUUACCGUGGACAGUCUGCUCCGGCGGGUGACGGUCCGGAUGCACGGGGACAUCAGGAGCUUCCUGAUCAAGAGCCCUGCAGGGGUGUCCCAGGGCCCGGAGGAAGGCGUAGGUCCUUUGGGUCACACUCGCCGCUUUGGACAGUUCUGGACGCUGACCAUCACUGACCCCCCUCAGACAGGGUCUUGGGAGAUCCAGGUAGAAGCUGAGGGGACCCCGCGGGUGAGAGUGCAAGCUCAGACCUCCCUGGACUUCCUCUUUCACUUCGGGAUCCCUGUGGCCGAUGGACCCCACCCUGGCCUCCAGCCGCUGACUCAGCCCGUGGCAGGUCUCCAGACGCAGCUGCUGGUGGAGGUGACGGGGCGGCUCUCCGGACAGAGCCUUGCCGGUGGCCAGCCGAGUUUCUCCCACCUUGUCCUUCGAAGGGUCCCGGAGGGCACGCGUCUGGGCCGGGUGCCCUUGGAACCCGUGGGGGCCCCCGAGCGAGGCCUGCUUGCCGCCUCCCUGUCGCCCACGCUGCUGUGGGCGUCUGCACCCUUCUCCCUGGAGCUGGUCGGCCGGGACGGAGCGGGCCGGCGCCUGCGCAGGGCGGCCCCCCAGCCUUGCGCGGUGGCCCCUGUGCUUCUGGAGCUCAGCGGCCCGCCAGCUUCCCUGGCUCCGGGCAGCGAGGCCCCUCUGAGCCUCCGGGUGGCCAGCUUCUCUGGCCCCCAGGAUCUUGACCUCAGCACGUCGGUGAACCCCGGCUUCACCCUCACCUCCAACCUCUCCAGGGCUAGCCUGGGACGGAAUGAGUCCGCCUGGGGACGCCUGUGGCUACAGGUCCCGGAUUCAGCAGCUCCUAAUAGCGUGGUGACAGUGACAGUGACGGCAGCAGGUCAGGGAGCCCACCGGGCGCCCCCAACCCAUGCCUUCCUCAGGCUCCUGGUGCUGGGCGCCGGGUCGCAGGAGCAGCUGGAGGCCCCGCCCACUCUGCUGCCCCCCGCGCCCCCUCCAGCCACACCUGCCCCGAUUCCUGCCACAUUGGUGCCUCAGGGCGGAGCUGGGGGAGGGGUGGUGGGCAGAGCCUGGUGGGGAACAGUUGGAGGGGUGCUGCUUCUGCUAGGCUGUGCGUGCUGGUGACCUGGUGACCGGCAGCCCCCACAGGGAGGGACAGGACUCCAGCGUGUGUCGGGUCUGCCCCAUAGAUGGGACGUUCCUUGGCUCCAGGGCCCGGCCCUCCUGACUGGCUUAGGGAUUUUUCUUCUGUCACACUUGUCCGCCAUCCUUCUGUAGACCAGGCUGGCCUGGAACUCACAGAGCUCCACCUGCCGCUGCUGGAUUACAGGCCUGCGCCGCUGCCUGGCUCCCCUAUCUGGCAUGAUGGUGGCCACCUCCAUGGCUGUAUUGGGGAGCCUGGUAGGAUUGCUGCUGUGAGUUCAAGGCCAGCUUGAGCUGUGAGAGCCUAGCUCAAAAACAACAUCAACCAAACCCGAGAGAUAGGGUUAGAGGGUAAGGGAUUUCCCGUGGGGUGAAUCUGAAUAGGAAAGGAACGAAAGCCUUUUUUUUUUUUUUUUUUUUUAAGAAAGUUGCUGUUUAUUCCAGGAGGAGGAGAGCAGGCCCCAGAAAGCGCACGGUCCUCAGGUUAAAUCCCAGAGUAGCUUCUUCGGCUCAGUUUUGCUUUAAAGCUGAUCGUGCUGUCUUCCCAGAGACGGUGCGGAAAGAUGUUUUUCUGCACACGGCAUGGGGGCGAGGGAGGACGGGGCAUCAAGAGAUGCCGUGCGCAGCUCUAGGAGCUGCAGGUCCAUUUUACACCUCGGUGUCUGUCGGCUGACCCGCCACCUGGAGCCUCGGCUGUGUGGGGGCGGGGCCGGGGCCGGGGCCGUUGGUUCUGGUCCGCCUCCUACCUCACCAGUGCAGGGAGGGAGGGUUUACACAAGGGUGGGGCCCUUCUGGCCCUGCAGGGAGCCUGGCUGAGCCAGCUCUCUGGUGGACAGGGUGACUCCUUUCUGCUGCUUUGACAAGUCCUAGGAGAGGGAGAACCAGACUGGCACCUGCUUCCCACCCUGCCCCAGGGUUUGCCACUGGCCUCAGUUUACCCAUUGCUCCCCCAAGUUCUCUUUCCUUGACCUUUCUUCCUGGAUCUGGGCUGUGCGGGAACCAGCCUUGUGAGCAGAUAUGGGGUGGGGGGGCUAAAUCGGUGUGACUCCAAAGCCCCCUCCCCACGCCUACAAAUUGGAAACAAUAAACUGACCUUCUGAAUCA